CCAUAGCUACAACCAUGAGAACUAUUUUGGCCUUGGCAGUGGUUUUACUGCCAUAUGUACAAGGCUUGGAUUUGAACUUCGAGCAACUUCCAGGUACCGAUAGAGUAGCAGAAUCGUUAUUCUGGGACAGAGACGAGCACGUAUUGUACUAUGUGGAUGUGCUGGGCGCCCAAGUACACCGUUACGACCCAAGAAACAAAAUUAGAACCUCGAUAAAGAUACCGGAAACUUCAGUUAGUCUCGUAGUACCAAUAAAGGGCAGGGUAGGUGAGGUUAUCGUGGCAGCGAACCACGACCUCUACUCGGUCCACUGGAGUACCCGUAGAAUCGUGAAGCUGAGGAAACCCGACAACUUCAAAGACAAAGCUAUAUUUGGAGACGGCAGGGUCUGCGUGAAAGGAAGGUUGUGGAUCAACACCUACCUACUCAAGGGGAACAAGCAAUUCGUAGAAGGGGCGGGGUCACUCUACCGCAUCAUUCUUCACAAAGACGAACGAUUUAGUAUCACGAAAGUGCUCGCUAACGCCACUUUCGCCAACGGCAUCGACUGGUCCGAAGACAACAAACACAUGUUCCACGUCGGAACCUACAGCAGGAAAAUUUACAAGUACGCUAUUGAUGUCAACGGGUCUAUCGGCAAAAGGGAGGUAAUUUUCGACUUCAAAGAUCAUCCCCAUAUUAACGGAGAACCGGACGGGCUUACCACCGACGACCAUGGUAACCUGAUCGUGGCGGUGCACAAGGGAGGUUCGCUAUUAGUCGUCGAGCCUCACACGGGCGAAUUGCUGAACUUCCUGCGCAUACCCCUAAUAAAUCCUACAGGGCUGGAGUGGGGCGGCGCGGACAACAGGACCCUUUUCAUAGGCACCGCCUCCGAAGAAUUGAGCCAGUAUUACGUGGAAAAGAAUUACUUGAGGGACGGCAGCGUUCUGGCGCUAAGGGGGCCCAAGAAAGGACCGUCGAGCAGAAAAAUUGUAGCAGAAUAAAAUUAAACAUACGAUUUACUAUGCGUAUACUAUUGUCGCAACAAAAACAAUUACGCAGAUAAAACGGCUCGUUAGGAACCGAUAACGAAUUUAUGUUGUUAUUUUAAAAUUACGGGGGUUGGCGUUCAUUUAACCCGCGAA